AUGAGUCAUUUAUCCAUUGGGAAUGAAUUAAAGGAUUCAUUUGAAGUGACAUCCAAAUGGGUCCAAUAUAAUUUAAAAUGGUUAUCAGAAGUUGAAAGUUUUUACAGAGAAAGGUCCAAAUUAGAGAAGGAAUAUAGUGAUAAAUUAAAGGCUUUAACAGCAGAUUAUUUCAAUAAGAAAAGUGUGGCUAGUGUCACCUUAGGAGUUGGACAGACACCUACCGUUACUCCUGGUUCUAUUGAGGCUGCUUCUGUAGUAGCAUGGAAUGAAAUAUUGACUCAAACUGAAUUAAUUGCUAAGGAUCACGAAAAACUGUCACAGGAUUUUGUUAACACUAUCAGUGGGCAAAUUAAUGGUCUUUAUACAAAGUUAGACAUCACAUAUACUAAAAUUGUUGGGUUUUUUAAUGAGAUGGAAAAGAGGAAAAAUAGUGUGUACUCAGAUUUAGAGAAAUCAAAAAGAAAUUAUGAUGAUUCAUGUCAAAAUAUGGAGUUAGCACGCAGUAAAUACACUAAGAGUCCCAAUGAUAGAAAUAAACGAAAACUAAGUGAAAAGGAGACUUUAAUGAAUAUUGCUAAAAAUUCAUAUCUAAUUAAAAUCUCUCAAGCUAAUAGAGUCAAGGAUAAAUAUUAUUUUCAAGAUAUCCCAGAGGUAGUAGAUCUUUUACAAGAUCUUAAUGAGGCUCGUGUUUCUUUCUUAAACAAUAUUUGGAGUCAAGCUAGUCAAAUAGAGAUUGAUUUGGGUGGCUCUUUACAAAAGAGGAUGAAGGCCUCAGGUGAUGUUGUUAAACAGAAUAGACCUUCUUUAAGUACUGCUAUGUUUAUUAAACAUAAUGUUAAGAAUUGGAAAGAACCUUUAGAUUUUCAAUUUAAACCCUCUCCUAUAUGGCAUGAUGAUGAACAAUUUAUUAUCUCAGGAUCUAAUGAAUUAGAAGAUCUUAAAUUGAAAUUAAGGAAUUCACAAAAAGUUUACAAUCAAAUGCAGGAUAUGACAACUAUGGAAUUAGAAAAACUGGCCAAAUAUAAUAAGAUAAAACAAAAUUUGAAGAAUAACGAAGAGUCAUUCGAUAGCGUACAAUUUUAUGAUAACUUGAAAAAUUACUUAGCUGUUAUAUCAGGCUUUACUUCUCACGAAAGUAUAAAAUUAUUGUCUCAGGUAGAAAUUGAGAGCAUUCAAAAUAAUGUUCCACAAGAUAUUGAUUUAAAUGUUCAAAAUUAUGAGGAAGAUAAAAAUAAAGCAUCCAAAAAAGGUAAAACUCGUCUGUCUCUUUUAGGAGGUGGUAGCAGCAAUGUUAGUAGUGACAAUAGCAACGGCGGAAGCGGUUUAUUCUCUAAACUAAAAGUGAAAAACAUUUUACAUACAGACGGUGGUUUCAUGAAUACUGAUAAUAGUGGUAAUCGUCAAUCAACAAUUGAAGAUAUUGAUACAGGAACACAAAAUUUGAAUAUUUCUAAUGGUUCAAAUACAAGAAGAAAUCGGUCGAAUACAACAAGUUCAUCAAUAGGAACAUCCUCAUACACAGUUAAUAAAAAUAAAGUUUUGUAUCCAUACAAAAAGCAAGAAGAUGAUGAAAUCACUAUUCACCCUGGUGAUAGUAUUGAAUUAGUGGAAAAAGAUACUGGUUCUGGAUGGACUUUAGUGAGAAAUAUGUCCAAGAAUGGUAUCAUAGGUUUAGUUCCAACAACUUACAUUGAAAUUCAUGAGAGCAACACAUCUUCUAGCCCACCAACUGUACCACCACCUAGGCGUGGCAACAAUCCAUUAAUGAGGACUAUAACUGCUCAAUAUCCAUACCAAUCACAAGGUAAUGACGAAUUAAGUAUAUCCCCUGGUGAUGUGAUUACUGUGAUACGGGGAGAUGAUGGUAGUGGUUGGACAUAUGGUGAAUUGAAUGGCGUUAAGGGACUUGUUCCAACAAGUUAUUGUAAAUAA